AUGACGCGCAGGCAGAUGGCACAGGAACGUUCGAGACGUGACGAGGAGAUGGAUGAACUGCUGCUGCUGUCCUGCCACGCCUGGCUCCAGGAGAUGGCAGCGAUCGGCCGCGAAGUGCGGGCGAAGCUGACCGACGCGGCCGGGUUCGAACGCAGGCGCUCAGAUGCUCCGUGGAAGGAGGCCAACGCCUCCAGCGAGGCGAUCCGACAGGGGCUCGAGUGGCCCGACUCCCCGGGUGCGGAUCAGCGACGCCUUCGCGGUCAGUUGCGCGCUCUUCAGAGAUGGAGCUGGAGCGAGCCGCUCCCGCCAUGCCUGGAGCUGAUGGACUGCCGGCCGCGGCGUGGCGGGCCUUCCCCUGCUGGCGUCGACGCGCUGACUGACGCGAUGGAGUGGCUGGCGAGCGGGCGUGCCAUGCCGCCUGGUUUCAAUGGCGAGAUUUGCGCCCUCCCGCCCAAGAAAAUCUUGGGCUCCGACGGCGUGGAAUCCUUGCGCGAACCAGCGGACGCGAUGCCAAUUGCGCUGAAGGGCGCGGGCGCCAAGGCCACAUCGAGCGCAGCCAACGCGCGCCUGAGCGCGGCUGCCAUGAGGGUGGCGCCGCACAGCCAGCGGCACUUCGUCAAGCACCGCAUCUUCCUAGAUAGCGCGAUUGAGAUGGACGGUUUUGCCCGCGUAGCCUUGCUCCGUGCUGGCGACGCGGGCCAUGCGCAGCCCGCCCGCAAAGGAUGGCGCUCGCCGAUCCCUAUCAUCUUUGACUUCACUCUGGCCUUCCGGAGUUCCCGCCGCUACUGGAUCGGGCGGGCGUUUCAGCGGCGGCUGUGGCGCCCGCGCAUUGGGUCGUCAUCCCGCGCGGCGACGAGCGCGGCCUGGGCUCUCCCCCAGCGGGCGGCAAUGCUCCUCAUCGUGUCUGGCGUCCUCCACGGCGACCCGCCCUCGGGCACGGGCUUCGCUCUCGCGGCGGCGUCCUUCGCCCGCGCGCGCGAGCGCCAGUCGGAGCGUUGCCGUCCGGGGCUCACUUGCCGGCGCGCUAACGACGUCGACGCCGUCGCUGUCAAUCUGGAGGGGGCGCGCUUCACGGGUCGAAUCUUCUGCGCGGGCGAACGGUUGGCGAGCCUUGCUCUGAAGCUCCAGGAGUGCUUCUGCGCCCCCUACGCGGGCCUCUUUCUCCCAGAGGCCGUGGAGAGCAUGCGGCAAGAGCUGGGAUCGGCUUGCACUGGUUGGUCCAAGGUGGCGCCAGCGUGCGAUUGCUGCGGCGGCGACUUCGCUCGACCUCGCGACUCGCUGCUGCGCGAUUGCCAGUCGAAGAUGGACACGAUCCUGAGCUACGAGGCCCAG